AAGUACUUUAUGCAUCCAUUUAAUAACUAAAGCGUGGUGUAACACACCUAUCGAUGCGCAUUAACCAUGAACAGGGUUUGAUCAUCGCUGGAAAUGGAAAACGUGCAUGCUUGUCUGAAAGUGAGUGUUUCAUGCUGCCUCUCCCUUCACAAUUCCAACUGUGCAUUGAAGACGCCAGCACUCUUGGCUGUCCCUGCCUGCUAUUUGGAUAAAGCCCAUGGAAACUGUUGAUAUCAAGACAGAACCAAGUAGCCUUCCAGUUAUGCUGCCUCCUGUCGUAUCGAGUGUUCACAUCCAGGUGGAACAGAGCAGCCCUGGAACAACACCGCCUCAUGAGGAGUUUACGGUGCCAAACAGCCCUCCACCGUUGCUGUCCCUUGUCAUGGAGAGUGUUGAUACCAAGGUGGAACCUAGCAGCCCUAUGACUGUGCUUCCUCCCGACAUGACCUGUAAUGACAACAAGGAGGAGAUGAAAAUGCCAAAUGGUCCUGUGCUGUCUCCUGUCAUGGAGAGUGUUGACAUCAAAGUGGAACCAACUAGCCCUAUGACCAUACUUGCUCCCGAACACCUUUACAUGACUGACAAAGAACCAUCUGAGUCAGCAGCCCUGCGGCCCUGCAGUGUAGUAUUAGCCCCACUGACAAGCAGUACUGAAACGUCAAGAGAUGAACCCACCAUGGAUAGCAAACCAAGGAUUCCUGGUCACACUCCUGUGGGUUCAGCAACACAGGGCAAGCAGUUUCAACGGGGAAGCCUUUCCAGUCAUGAGCACACCCACAAGGCCAAGAAGUUCCAGUGCAGCCAAUGCUCGCUGAUGUUAGGGAGCAAGUGGUCUCUGCAAAGACACAUGCUGACUCAUUCCUGUGAGAGACCAUACGAAUGUGGCACGUGUGGCAUGCGAUUCAAACGAAAUGGCGAGCUAGUUAAGCACCGCCGCACCCACAUGAAUGAGAGGAAGUUCAAAUGUGAACUGUGCCCAUCUGCAUUCCGCCAUAAGGUGUCGCUGGAAAGGCACAAGGAACUUCAUGAAAGAGGUGUGGACAUGUUUCCCUGCCAGGAGUGCGGCAAAAUCUUUCGACAGAACGAGAAGCUGCAGGAACAUCUGCGGCGGCACACGCUCGACAAGCCCUUCGCAUGCCACCUGUGUCCAGCCAAGUUCAUGCGGCAGUCACACAUGGAUGUUCACGUGCGUAAACACACGGGUGAAAGGCCAUACAAGUGUUCCAUCUGCGAAAAGUCAUUCAGCCAGUCGCACACGUGUACGGUGCACAUGCGUCGUAUACACCACGAGGUGAAGCUCAAGAAGGGGUUUCCCUGUUCUGUUUGCGGAAAGGUGUUCUUUCAGCGGGCAAACCUCUCCAGGCACGAGCGCACCCACGAGAUCAAGAGCUUCCAAUGCAGCCAGUGCUCAGUGACAGUAGCGAGCAAGUGGUUACUGAAUAGACACAUGCUGACGCAUUCCUGUGAGAGGCUUCACAAGUGCGGCACGUGUGGCAUGCGAUUCAAGCGAAGCUCGGAGUUAGUUAGGCACCGUAACACUCACGUCGUUGAGAAGAAGUUCAAGUGCGAGCUUUGUCCAUCGGCGUUCCGCCACGAGAUGUCGCUGAAAAGGCACAAGGAAUUUCACGAAAGAGGCGUGAACAUGUUUCACUGCCAGGAGUGCAGCAAAACAUUUCUGCAUAAGAAGAACCUGCAGGAGCAUCUGCGGCGGCAUACACUGGAGAGGCCUUUUGCAUGCCGCCUGUGUCCGGCUAAGUUCUUGAGGAAAGACCACAUGGAGGUUCAUAUGCGUGGACACAUGGACAAAAAACCACACAAGUGUUCCGUCUGUGAAAAGUCAUUCACCGAGUCCCAUAUGUGUAUGCUGCAUAUGCAUUGCAUGCAUCGAGACGUGGCACUCAAGGAACAACUUGACUCGAACGACAAAGGCCAGCAGCCCUUCAGCCAAGCAUCAUCUCCUUAACCUCCAGACGAGCAGCGCCGAGCCUACAAGUGAUAAAAUCACCACAGUUACUAUCCCAGGGUGCAUGUGGGGUUAUGUACUCAAGACAUCUUCAGUGCUGGUCCAGCGCCACCUAAUGCUCUCCUAGGAAGUCCGUCUAGUGGCAUACUCUUCCGGAUCCUGGACUUCAAGCGACGGUUUGGAGAAAUCGCGGCUGUACGAGGGCCUGCCCUGGAACACACCGCGCGUCGACGACAGCCGGAUCGUUCAGGCAGCUGGCAAGAUCAUUCGUGAGUUUCACGGAUGCAGGCAUCUGGAAGUGAGGACAUUGCGACACCUGAAGUUCAAUAAAAACCAGCGAACG